AUGGAGGUGUUUUCUAAGGUGCUUCACUCUCGGUUUGAUGCGGGAUAUAUCAUGUACCAUCCAAAAACUGAAGAACUCGGUAUCUCACAUUUAAUGUUUGCAGAUGAUGUGAUGGUCUUGUUCGACGGUGGCUCCUCAUCGCUCCACAGCAUAAUGGAGGCCCUCGACAAUUUUGUUAGCUGGUAUGGUCUUAAAAUGAACAAAGAUAAAACACAGUUGUUCUUAGCAGGUGUAAACGAAGUGGAAUCAACGACAGUGGAAGAAUAUGGUUUCACGAAGGGCUCACUUCCAAUCCGUUAUUUGGGCUUGCCUUUUAUGCAUAGAAAGCUAAAAAUCGUGGAAUAUGAGCCGUUAAUGGAGAAAAUCAGAGGAAGGUUCUUGAGGACAAAAGUGGGUAAUGGUCAAUCAACGAGUUUCUGGUUUGAUGUCUGGACUCCACUGGGGCCGUUCAGGACCGAGGGACUUAUGCAUUCCUUCCUCAGCCAAGGUCUCAGAGGCAUGCUCAAAUGGCACCUGGAACUUACCAGCGUCAAGAUCAGAAAAGGCUGUGGAAUUGCAGGCUCAACUGGAUUUGGAAUGGACUUGGUUUGUAUUAUAUUAGUUCUAUACUCCCAUUCAAAGCCUAAGACUUGGGAAGCGGUGAGACCUAGGGCGGACUCGAAACCGUGGAGCAAUUCGGUUCAGCUCAGAGAUUUGGCAGUUGGUGUUGCAGAGACUAGAUCCGACGCAUCGCGCCAUAAUGUCCUGAUCGGAGCUACUAUCUUGGUAUAA